UUAUCCUCCCUCUCUCUCUGGUUGGCCUCCUUCAUAGAUAAUUGGAGGCAAAUUUCGAUAUGCUCAAUGUCAUGGACAGGAAUAAGGUUUCACCGGUGUCUGCUGCCACCAUGAAAAAGAAGGGGGUGGGCGGCAGCGGGUGCAGCCACAUCAGUGCACCCAAUGCUGCCGCAUCUAAAUGUUCCAAAAGCACCGGUGGACAGAACUGCUUGAACCCCGGUUCCCCGGUCGCAUCUAGCGGUAACCAGCCCGGUUUGACCUGCAGCGUCGUGAUGGAUGAGACUGAGGAUGGAGAAGAAGAGUCCAGGUUUCAGCAUCCGCGGCUGCGCCGAGCCGGGGGGAGCGGCAGCAGCGGAGGUGGAGGAGGAGGAGGCGGCGGCAGUAUCAGGAUGAAGAACUUUACGCCAGGAGGGGGAGCCUCGUCCUCGGCUUCCAGGAGGAACUCCAACAAGGAGCUCUGCCUUACGCACACAGAGGACGUUCCCUCCGCCUCACGGCCCACUGCUGCCUCUGGAGCGACCGAGACACCCUGUCCGGGCGAUGCUGCCCAACGCGGCGAGACCAGCGGAGCGUCUGGGGCGGAGGCGUCGGAAUCUGCGCUCGGGGUAAAGGUUUCCAACGCCACAGCGGGUGAUGGUCGCAUCGGCGUCGCUCCAGCUUCCAGCAUGAAAUGCAACAAAAACGGAGAAUGCAGGAGGGAUUCGGGUACCGGGAGCCUGCGCUCAAUAAUCCCCAAGCAGGAGAAGCAGACAGUGGGGUCGGGCAAAGCCGAGGAAGGGGGCGCUGCCAGGCGGGGAACCUGUAACUCGACCACCGCCAGUAUGGACGGCUCGAUCACGCCAGGGGGGUCUCUAACCGGGGGGCAAGGCGGGGAGAGCGCCAACCCGGGCGCCACCCCCGUAUCCAGCGGUGUACCUGAGAAGAAGGAUUCCAAGGUGUCCUUCUCCAACGCGCCGAGCCGGAAAGCCUCCUCCUCGCUGCACGGCCCGACCCAGACUCAGACUCAACAGCCGAGGAACUCUGUAACUUUCCAGAAACAGGAGGAUGGACCAUCGAUUGUGCCCGCCGAGGAUGCAGAACCUCGGGGAAGCCAAGCCAGCUUCAUGCAGCGGCAGUUCAGUAGCAUGCUGCAGCCUGGAGUUAACAAAUUCUCCCUGCGCAUGUAUGGUAGUCAAAAAGCUGUUGAGAAGGAGCAGGAGAGGGUGAAAUCAGCUGGAAACUGGAUUAUCCAUCCUUAUAGUGAUUUCAGGUUCUACUGGGAUUUUACAAUGUUGCUGUUUAUGGUGGGUAACCUGAUCAUCAUCCCUGUGGGCAUCACCUUUUUCAAGGAAGAAACCACAACACCCUGGAUCAUCUUCAAUGUGGUCUCUGACACGUUCUUCCUCAUGGACCUGGUGCUUAACUUUCGCACUGGAAUCAUCAUUGAGGACAACUCAGACAUAAUUUUGGACCCUGAGACUAUAAAGAAAAAGUACUUAAAAACGUGGUUUAUUGUAGACUUUAUCUCCUCCAUCCCGGUGGAUUACAUAUUCCUUAUAGUGGAGAAAGGGAUAGACUCUGAGGUGUACAAGACUGCUCGGGCCUUGAGGAUUGUCCGCUUUACCAAGAUCCUAAGUCUUCUGAGGCUGCUCCGGCUCUCCAGAUUGAUACGCUACAUUCACCAAUGGGAAGAGGUCACACUUCAGAUCUUCCAUAUGACCUACGACCUGGCUAGCGCAGUGAUGCGGAUUAUCAACCUGAUCGGUAUGAUGCUACUGCUAUGUCACUGGGACGGCUGCCUACAGUUCCUGGUUCCUAUGCUGCAGGACUUCCCCUCAGACUGCUGGGUGUCUCUCAAUAAGAUGGAGAAUGAUACCUGGUCUGAACUCUACUCCUUUGCAGUCUUUAAGGCAAUGAGCCACAUGCUGUGCAUUGGUUAUGGCCGGCAGGCCCCGGAGAGUCUAUCAGAUAUCUGGCUAACGAUGCUGAGCAUGAUUGUCGGAGCGACCUGCUAUGCUGUCUUUAUUGGCCAUGCAACAGCUCUGAUUCAGUCCCUGGACUCAUCAAGACGUCAGUAUCAAGAAAAGUACAAACAAGUGGAGCAGUAUAUGUCCUUCCACAAGCUGCCUGCUGACUUCCGACAGAAAAUCCAUGACUAUUAUGAGCACAGAUACCAGGGCAAGAUGUUUGAUGAGGAAAGCAUCCUGGAAGAGCUCAGCGAACCACUCAGAGAGGAAAUUGUUAACUUCAACUGCCGUAAGCUGGUGGCAUCUAUGCCGCUGUUUGCCAACGCUGAGCCAAACUUUGUCACAGCAAUGCUGACUAAGCUACGUUUUGAGGUAUUCCAGCCUCAUGACUACAUCAUAAGAGAGGGUACCAUUGGCAAAAAAAUGUAUUUCAUCCAGCACGGCGUAUGCAGUGUCAUCACCAAAGGCACACUCGCUAUGAAGCUGUCAGAUGGCUCGUAUUUUGGAGAGAUCUGCUUAUUGACAAGGGGUCGACGGACAGCCAGCGUGAGAGCAGAGACAUACUGUCGCCUCUAUUCUUUAUCUGUUGACAACUUCAACGAGGUGUUAGAAGAGUAUCCCAUGAUGAGAAGAGCCUUUGAAACUGUUGCCAUUGAUCGUCUAGACCGUAUAGGUAAAAAGAACUCAAUCCUGAUGCACAAAGUUCAGCAUGAUCUCAAUUCUGGCGUAUUUAACAAUAGAGAAAACGAGAUGAUCCAGGAAAUAGUCAAGUAUGACCGGGAGAUGGUGAAACUGGUGGAUCUGCAGCGGCCAAGGGCCAUGUCUAUGACCCCAACUAUAGGUGGGAUCUUUGCUCCUCCAGGACAGCCUCAGACAGGCUCCGCAAUUGCCACCCUCCAGCAAGCUGUGGCAAUGAGUUUCUGCCCUCAGAUGGCAAGUCCUUUGGUGGGUCCUGGGACUUUGCAAUCUCCACGUAUGGUGCGAAGGUUCCAGGUGAUGCAGAACUUAUCUAGUCCAGUCUCAAUGUCUCCUCUGCAGUCUCAACCUCCCCAAACAUUUGGAGGGGCAUUUGGAUCUGCUAUUUCAAGCCCCCCAGUCCAAAGCCCGCUUACAGCUACCGGACGGACUUUUCAGUACAUGGCAAGUGUAGGACCAUCUGGGUCUCAGCUUUCCCUUGUCCAGCAUCAUGCACCCAGCCCCACGCAGACCACACAGCAAAGGCCUGUCUCAUACAAGAGUACCCACUCCCUUCAUGCAGGUAGUUUGAGUCAGGACACCCGAGCCCUGUCUGCCUCCCAACCUUCACUCCCCCAGGAAGGAACACCACAGGCUUCCUCUGCAGCCCCUAGUCCCCCACCUUCAACCCGCACUUCCAACUCCUCCAUUGGCCCCCAACAACCCCCUCACCACAACCUACCGGGACCCUCAGGUGUGGGGAGAUCGACUGGAGCCCAGCAGAGGGUGGCCUUUGCCUCCACACCUCCUCCAGGUGGACCUACUGGAGUGGGGGCAGUAGCAGCAGCUGCUGGACCAGGACCUCCAGACUCUGGAGUUCUCAAGAAAGAUUCGAUUGUCAGCCUUCCGGAGCUAGACUCUGCCAGAUCCCGGCUGUCUUCCAACUUGUGACCCUAGUGGAGUUCAGUAGAGAGGCCUUUUUUUUGUAGGAGAAUCUGUUUGGUUAAGGUCAGUUCAGCUGAUCAUUCCGCUUGUGACCAAUCAGCUACUACCAGUGCCACCAGUCAUUCAACCUGGAUGCACUGUGUGCUGGAGUCAGUAGAAAGAAAAGAGCUGCUCAAAGUAUUACAAUACUUUGGCUAUGGGGAGUCACUAUGAUUAUACUAGUAUAUAAAAUUAAGGUUGAACUUGUCUGGUCUGCUGUGCCAGCACCUUUAGUCUUAGUAUCACCCCUUUCACUCUGCUUCCAAACACCUACUGCAUAUCGCUGUCUUUCCUGUAAAGAUAUGACGAAAAGUGUGAUUAAUGUACCAAUUACAUACUGUGUAGAAUCCAUGCAAUGCAAUCUAGCAGGAGCUUGACUCAAAAAUGAAAAUCAGGGACUUGAGGUCAAAUGACAAUUACAUUUUAAGCGUUCAAGGUGUUUUAAUUGUCAUUUUUUUUUUGGUAUAAGCUGUCGUAGCAAAGCAACAUCUUCAUAUUGUUUAAACUUGUAGUGGAGUUAGUGUUUUAGACCGCUGGUCGAUCUUACAUCAUUGUGUAUAUAGUUGACGAAAAAAGUGAGGAACAUUAUAUCCAUUGUAUCUACCCAAAACCAAAGUUGAGCUUGAACACCAAGUCUGGUCGUGUCUGUAUCAACUAAAAAAGAAACAUAGAAGAAAACGCCAUUUAUUUAACUGCCUUGAUUCAACGUUAGAAGCCAUAUAUUUCGUUUGUGUGUAUGCAUAUUUGUGUGUGUCCUCCGUGUGCGUGUGCCUGUGUGUGUGCACGUGCAAGAGAGAUUUUGUUGAUACGUUCUGGUUCAAUUUUUCACAGAAGGGACUCAUGCACUCUACAACGUCGUCAAGUAUGACUGUUUAGACAUGCUGACGGUGGCACUGCCCUGUUUUCAUUAAUCAUCUGGAAAGAGGUCAGCUGUUUUUUCAACAUACUGAUUGUAACCCAAAAGGCAAAGAUGGUUUAAUAAUCUGAGCUUUACUGAAAGGAGGCAUUUGGGAACAACCCAUACUGUAUACUUGCUUGUUUCUGUCUAGGUUAAAUGAUUAACACAUGCAAUAUAAUUCUGCAAUACUCUACCCCGCCUAUAUAUAUAAAUAUAUAUAUAAAUAUGAAUAUCUAUACUUAUUCUGUACAGGAAAGUGAACUUGUUUCUGUAUGUAUUUUUUUUGUUUGAUUUUUAAUGUGAAAUCUUAAAGAAUCCAGCAGCUAUUGUGGCUAAACUUGAGGUAUUGUAAUCCAGUGACCAUGUUGUUACCUUAACCAAAAAUGUGUGAGGGAAUGAAAGGGUAUGUUGCUGUAUUAUUUUUGUGUUGAAAACGAAACACUCUCAUCUGAAUGCUUGCCACUGGUUUAAAGACACGGAAUGGAGUCCACCUGAGUCAGCAAAUCAGACCAUCAAAAGGAAAUGUCACCCGAAAAGCAUUUUUCAAAUGUUGAAAAGUGUAGGGGUGGCCAUUAUGGGGUACAGAAGCCUUAGUUGUAAAAAAGUCACCUAAAACUUUGGUGAAUGUCUCCGCUUGCAGGUCCACAGGUAAAUUUUGGUUGAAAGUGUGAGAAUAUGUCGAGGCUUUGAUAAUAUUUAUUCGAAACAUCCUGAUCCUGUUCAUCCUAAAACUCCUUCUACUGCUGAAUGUAUGCCAUACGAGAAGGAAGAUAGGUAAUCCGUUUUAACUGCCAUGUAAAUAAAGGGACAGAGGAUUUUGUGAUGCAAGGGGGGGCUGGGCAUUGGUGUAUGAGAUGCUGAGUGUCUGUGUGAUCUUUUUUUUAAAGCCUUUUUUAUGUUAUUUGGGUUAGGGAUUGCUGUAUUUACCAUUUAUACUACCCCCAUCCCCAUUAAUGAAUAUUUAAAGGAGAGGUUUUAAAGAAUUGCUGAAAUGGGCAUGAAUGAGAGUAUGCUGGAAUCUCUCUGUGCAAAGUGAGAAAUGAGGACAACCACCUAAGCACCUUGUGUUGCACUAUGAUCUUGUAAUCAAAAACAAAAUCAAUGCUCUGUUCUCUUAAAACUGUUGUCGCACUUCUUCUGGACCCGUUAUCUGGUUAAACUGUAAAGACAAAAUAAAGGUGAAUUCAAUUGGGGUAAAUAGGCAGCUGGUUCAUUGUGUUAAAUAAACACAGUGGCCAAGUUUUUCUGGUCUGAUAUCGAUCCAGAGCCAAACUGUAAAUCUAUCUGAUGUACAUUUCACUCAGGUUACUACCUUUCCACAGAGAUGUAUUGAUUGCCACAAUGUGGCUCUCCAUUGAUUUAUGUAGACAUGUCUAUUUCCAUAUUUUGAGCUUGUUGAUUUUAACACCCUGGUUGAUUCAAAUUGGCAUAGAAAUGGGAAUUAAUAACCCUAAGAUUGUUGUCAGCUUUACUGCCUAAGGUUCUUGAUCUUUCACUUUGAGUUGUUAAAAAAAAAAUAUGAGUUGGUGAUUGUGUUUAUCCAAGGGCUUCAUUCUCAGGCUUGUGAACCCUAGGUCAUUGUUAUACAUCUCCAUCUCAAUAAAAUCAAAUGUGAUCCAAAAGUAAAUUAUUUGAGUAAUUUAAAUAAAAAACUGAAACUUGCAGAAUGAAACAUUUCCCACAAUUUUGAUGAUUAUAGCUUCAAGCUAAUAAAAACCUGAAAUUUUAUUUCUUGGAGAAUUUGAAAAUGAUUUAGGGACCAACAUAAUGGAUGUUAAUACAUAAAAAUCAGUCUGCUAAAACAAAGCCUUUCAUUGUACUGUGCUCUUUCAGCAUGAUAUAUUUGUUUCAGAGUCAUUUUUUAAUGUAUAUUUGCCUCAGUUCAGCAUAUGGAAGUGGUCAGCAUUUGGAUCUGCGGAUUUCAAGGAAGCCAUGUUUAAUAACAUGUCUUUUCUUGUGUUGUUGUGUCUUUUGUCCUCCUCUAAAAAAUAGAUUUUCUGUGGAGUUCAGGUCAGGGCACUGUGCUGGUCUAUCAAGACCAGUAAAACCAAGGUCAUUGAACGGGUAUUGAUUUGUAUUGUUAAUAUAGGCAGGUUCCAAGUCACCUGCAGAUGAAAUGGCUCAUCAGAUUAUGGACACUUCAUCUUGAACUGCAAAAAAAUUGGAUUUCGUGCCUAUUCAACUAUUCCUCCAGACUUUGUUUUGUCAAUUCCAUGGUAAAUGGUAUGUACUUAUAUAGCGCUUUUUCAAGUCAGGAGACUUGACCAAAGCGCUUUACACUACAUUCAGUUAUUCACCCAUUCAUGGACACACUGAUGGUGGCAAGCUACAUUGUAGCCACAGCUGCCCUGGUGCUCACUGUGACAAUGAAAGUGAAGUGUCUUGCCCAAGGUCACAACGACAAAAAAAGUCGGACCCGGGGCUUGAACCGUCAAUCCUUCGAUUUCAGAGCAAACUCCUACAUCCGAUGCUACUGUCGCCCCAUUCCUUCAAGAUAAAAGAACUCAGAGCCACAUAGCACAGAGCGUCUUUGAUAUCUCUGGGUCAGGACGUUAAAGAGGAAAUAAACAUUUUUUAGUCAAUCUCCAGGAUAUGUGUCUAUGUGGUGGCUCUUGAGGCCCUGAAAUUAAUGCAUUUGUGUUUGGUGCCUAUGCAUAUGACAAUUCCUCCUGGGGAAUAAAGAAAGUUUCUAUCAUAACUAGUGUCAUCUGCAUCACAGAGUCUAGACCUGGUCCAAGCCUGUAAAAUUCAAAUCUUGAAUGGGGUUUUCUUUAGAAUUGUCUCUGGCACUGGUAGUGGCACCACUCGCUACCUCAUUUUUUCCCCCACUCAACUUUCAAUUGAUAGGCAUGGUCAUAAUUUCCCACACAGUCAACUGUUUUAACAGUGACUUUUGGUGGUUUACAGCUCUUGAAGGGUGUUAUUGACACAUGCUUUCUAAGUCAUCCAUCUUAUGUGUCAUACAUUUCUGAGAGACUGAAUUAUUCGUUUUGAUUAGCAACAAGCUAUAAUCAUCAAAACUGAAGCAAAAGCUUGAAAUUUUCCUUUGAAUGUAAUGAAUCACCUUUUAAAUUAAAGAGGAGUGGAACAGACACCUUCUCUGUUUCACAGAAAAGCCUGCGUUAUUUGUGUUUUACCGGAGUCAUAAAACAAUUUCCCCAACUUAUCAGUGAAACAUGAACUAUGAAUAGAUUUUUUUUCCUAUGGGAAAAGUAUACACCAACCCUGUUCUGAAUGAAGUCUAUCUAAAGUAGUGUUAUGUGCGCUUCAGUACUGUUCUGUCUGAUUAAUUGGUCCUUCCCCUUAUUUCUUUUUGCUAAUACCAGAGUUUGCCCUGUUAAGCUGCUAUCAAGACUGUGCAGAUAUCUGAAUGAGUCCACAGUCGGCGAGAGCAAGAUGAAUGGAGAAUUAAAGAGCUAAUGUUUCAGGCAAUAUCAGGCACCGUCUCUGUUUCAUUGCAUCUACAUGUAGUGUGUAAUUCCCUCCCAAUCAAAGAAUGGCAUUUGAGAAACUCUGAACGGCUCCCCUCAGUUUGAACCCUCAGCCGUGGGCCUGAUACAGCUCUGGCCAAGCACACACUGCCAGUUUAUCUGUUUUUGUGUUUGUCUCACGAGUUGUUCAGUGUGUUGGCAUCAAGCUGCCGUAGAGACAUGUGUGCUGUGUUAGCCUAAUGGCAAGCGGGUUCAAAGCAUGAUCGUUUAAUAAUUCUUCUUCUGGACUUUGCUGUGAAGAGGGAAUGAAUUCCUUCACAUCUGUUUGGCACUGACUGACAAUUAUUGAGAAUCUCAAAGCUUCAAGCCUCUCACUCUUGCUGUACCAGAUGUUAAGGGUACUGAAUGCCUUGGUGUUGAUUUGUUAGCAAAUCAGGGUCUUAAGUUUGUCUGUUCUCUCUGAUUUAUCAGUCUGUUUAAUUUGGGUGUAGUUCUAUCGUUUAUAUUAACAAUGUGCCCUCUGCACAUGGACUGUAUAUACCUUGUGCCUAGUACAUCUAGUUUCCACAUAGUCUAUUUUGUGGUAUGUAUGUGCCUGUAAAAAUGCAAACAUGUGUUUUUAUUUCCAACUUGCAAUAUAUGUACAAACCAUUAGAUGACUAGUAUUGCUAAAUUAUAAUGACAAUGUCAGUAUAUAUAAUUUUCCCUGAUAAGGGAAACACAAAAUUGCACAUUUUAUGUUGGGUUGAACCUUCCAACACCAUGCGCGCUGUACUCUGUACGUUCAUGUUCUGUACAUAUGGUAUACACAGAGAUGUGGGGCACCCUCUCGGGGUUUCACCACAACCUGCUAUAUACGCAUCAUUUCUAAAGUGAGAGGGUUAGCUCCUGGUGGAUAGCAACAGUCUAGAUGUUAGCAUAGGAAAUCUGCUUGAGCCAAAAACAGCAGAAGUUAACAAGGAAAACAGUGCUAAUGUUUGCACAAAAUAUGAAAACAAAACAAACAGCAACAAAAAAAAAGACAAAAAAAUGAACAAAACAAUAGGCUGUGCAUAUGCUGGAAAAUCAUCAGAUUUUGCCGUCGCGCAGCUUUUCACAUUGAUGCCGGCUGCACACUGAUCUGGUGUUGGCUGUUACAGGGAAAAAUAAUCAUCUCCAAGACUAAGUCUAGCUCUUGAGCCACAGCAAGUCUUAAACAUGACUCCCAGAUGAGUUAGCUGGCAGAUAAAGCAGAGUGCAUGCCUGUAUUUUUCUCAUUUUUAGCAGAGUUCUGUGUAUGAUUGUUGUGGGACCUUCAAAUCUAGAAAAUUGCUGUGUACCAACUACUGUACAAUGAUUUUUUUUUUUUUUUGUCUUAAAGUUUAACUUUUGUGUCGUAGCUACUGUAGCCUGCUUAACUUACCUAAGCCUUCUCUCUGCUUCAGGACUCUGUGUGCUUGAGUUUGUAUGUGUGCGUGUUCCUGUGCCUUUCCUUCUAUAAUGUUGGUCCCACUUGAGAAUAUGAUGCCAUUUAGGGGGUUGAAGCCCACAUGAAGCUGAGAAAUGCCAGCACAAAUAAUAACAAAGAAAUCAUUGCUAAAUGGUCUCAACUGCAAUUGUUUUAGAAAUAAAAAACUAUAUUGAAAUGCUCUAUAGAAUUGACUCUAGCACAUCCUAGACUUAGUAGCAUUCCUGAGCCUGCACGAACGGCUCAGUGUGGGGAUCCAGACACACUUUACCAGCACCAUGUAGACGACAGCACAGAUCUCUAAAACAGCACGUCUCCUCUCUAUGAAAGCCAGUCUGCAAACAUCUCAGGCUGUGCUCGGCUUCUGCUUAUACAAAAAACAAAAAGGUUCAAGUAUUAAUUGACUAACCCUGUUUUAAGUUAAUGUUUAUAUUUCAGUGACAACUCAGUCCUAAGCCCCAGCCACAGCACUACCAAAUUAGUCAAAAAGGAUGAGGGGGUCUUUAGUAAAUCUGUGUUGGAUUCCAAUCUCUCCAGAAUGGACUGCUAUGCUAGUGGCUGGGGUGAUGGACUGAUUUGGUCCUGUGUUCAAAAGGCUGUCUUGUCCACCACCUCUGUUGACCAACAGCACAGAGCCACACCCUGGUUUAUCUCAAUAGCUGGUCUGUCAGUCAGUGGCAAUGUUGUUUCAGCAUCAAUAAACAGACAUAAAAUACCUUGUUGUGCAAUAAAAAGAUGAGCGCAUUGGCAUACUUA